ACUUUUUAUACGAAUUGCAACCCUCAAUACUCCGCAAUGAGUGAAGAAGGUUUUUUUCCUUGAUUUUUAUAUCUUUUAGUAUAGACUCAUAAUUUUUCAAGCUCUGUUACAACUCCAUUAAACAAAAACUUAGUGAUUUUCAAUGCUAUUUGACAAAUAGCUACGAUGUUGCAAAUCAUAUGUUUGCGUCAGGUGAAACUUAUUAUCGCUCACAUGACUAGUAAUACUUUUACCUUUCAGAUCUACCAGAGACUGUCACUCUAUUAAAAGGACCUCAUCAAAACACUGUCUAUUUGAUUGGUACGGCGCAUUUUAGCGAAGAAAGUGAAAGAGAUGUUAUACAAACGAUUCAGAAAGUUAAACCAGAUGUCAUCGUCCUAGAACUAUGUGCAAGCAGACGGCAUGUUCUGAGUAUGGAUAAAGAAACUUUAUUAAAAGAAGCUUCAGAGCUAACUAUAGCUAAAAUUCGAAUGAUAAUUAAGUCGAAUGGCACUGUACCAGGACUGCUCCAUAUAGUACUAUUAUGGUUAUCGGCUCAUAUAACCAAACAACUUGGAAUGGCUCCAGGUGGAGAAUUUCGAGCUGCUGUUGUUGCUGCUAACGAGCUGGAAAACGAAUGCAGGAUAAUUUUGGGUGAUAGACCUAUAAAUAUUACUAUCAGUCGUGCCUUAGCUGCCCUUAAUUGGUGGCAACGACUUAAACUUUUAAUAAGUGCUGUAACAAGUUCAAGAGAGGGCAUUUCUAAAGAAGAAGUUGAACGUUGUAAGAAGAGCGAUGUAUUAGACGAUUUGUUAUUAGAAGCAGCAAAAUCAAUGCCACAGUUUACUCAUGUUCUUCUAAAUGAGAGAGAUGAAUACCUAUCCACCAGCAUAGCCAAAGCUUCAUCUAUCGCUAACGGUUCAAUAGUUGCUGUUGUAGGCAUUGGCCAUGUAAAAGGCAUAGUAAAAAAUUGGUUGAAAUAUGACGAUUGUAGUCAUUUAUUAAGUAUUCCAACGAGAGAGUCUUCGUUAUUAAGCAAAACUUUGAAAUGGACGUUAUACCUUUCUUCAAUAGCUGCCGUGAUAUUUACAGUAAAAAGAGUGGUUAAUGGUAAAAAAAUAUUCAAUUAAUUCUUUUCAUAAAAGAAAAAAUUUGAUUAAGAUCUUGUACCUUU